AUGCUGAUGCCGAUGGUGCUCCGCCACCUCCGCAAGUCGGCGUGGCUCUACCUGAUGCCCAUGGUGGCGGCGUGCGUGCCGAUCGGGGUGCUGAGGGCCUACUUCGAGCGGAGCCUCCGGCGGUGCGUCCGGCGGCUGCUCCCGUUCUUCGACCCGUUCAUCACCGUCGACAUCGCCAGCCUGCGCGAGGACUACAUGGACAAGAUCAAGUCCAGCGACGCCUACGAGGAGGUCAAGGCGCACCUGAGCGCCGCGUGCUCGCGGGAGGCGCGCCACUUCCGGGCCGAGGGCGCCGACGAGGGCACCGGCUUCGUGCUCAGCAUGCGGGAGGGGCAGGAGGAGGUGGCCGACGAGUUCCGGGGCGUCACCAUCUGGUGGUCCGCUCUCAAGGAGGACGACUACGACAUGCGGAGGUGCUGCCGCCUCACCUUCCACCAGAGGCACAGGAAGCUCAUCGUCGACGAGUACCUCCCGCACGUGCGACGGUGCGGGCGCGCUGCCAUGUCCGGCACCCGCCGCCGCCGCCUCUACACCAACAAGACCAACCUCAGCUACUCUGCUAGCAGGAAAGACGUGUGGAGCUACAUCGACUUUCACCAUCCGACGACGUUCGAAACCCUCGCCAUGCACCCCGACAAGAAGCAGAUGAUCAUCGACGACCUCAACGACUUCCGCAGCAGCGAGGACUACUACCUCCGCAUCGGCAAGGCGUGGAAGCGCGGCUACCUCCUCUACGGCCCGCCGGGAACGGGCAAGUCCACCAUGAUCGCUGCCAUGGCCAACUACCUCAACUACACCGUCUACGACAUCGAGCUGACGACGCUAAAAUCCAACAAUGACCUACGGAAGCUCUUCGUCGAGACGACGGGCAAGUCGAUCAUUGUCAUCGAGGACAUCGACUGCUCCCUCAACCUAACCGGCAGCCGCGCCGCCAUGGCCCAGACAAAGCGAGCGGACGGGGCGCCCAAGAAGGGCAGCGUAGUGACGCUGUCCGGACUGCUCAACUUCAUCGACGGGAUCUGGUCGGCACACAGUGGCGAGUGGAUCAUCGUGUUCACCACCAACCACCUGGACAAGCUCGAUGCCGCGCUAAUCCGGCGCGGGAGGAUGGACUUGCACAUUGAGAUGUCCUACUGUGGGUUCGAGGCAUUCAAGCGAAUAUGGCGAAUCCUAACCAGUUGA